AUGGCCCAGAAGUUGGAAGCAAAAGGCGGAAAAGGAGGCAAUCACUGGGAUGAUUUAGCUGAUCAUGACAAUGUAACAAAGAUUAAUGUACGAGGUGGUUCUGGAGGCAUUCAGUAUGUCCAAUUUGAUUACGUUAAGGGUGGUAAAUCCCAAACUGGAUCAAUGAAUGGUGUCUCGGGUAGAGGAUUCACGCAAUCGAUUGAGAUUGAUCCAAACAAUGAAUAUCUUGUAUCCGUUGAGGGUUACUAUGAUGUCACCACUGGUGUGAUUCAAGCGCUUAAAUUCAAAACCAACAAGAAGACUUCUGAGCUGAUGGGCGAUGACAACGGUAUUAUGUUUUCACUUGAAGUCAAAGGCAAAAAAAUAAUUGGCUUCCAUGGAUAUGCUGGGACUAACCUAAAUUCCCUUGGAGCUUAUUUCGCAAUGGCUCCUCCAACUAAACUGGACUAUCAAGGUGGCUCUGGAGGCAGCCCUUGGGAUGACGGUCCUAAUUACAAAGGUGUGAGAAAGGUUUCUGUUUCAUUAAAUGAGAAUGAGAUAAGGCAAAUCAGGAUUGAUUAUGAGAAAGGUGGUUCAGUGGAAAGCCUCGCGCAUGGGGAAGAUGUGGGAAAACACGAGGAGUUUGUGGUCUAUUUUCCAAAUGAAUACAUCAUGGCUGUGGAGGGUACCUGCGACUAUGUAAGCGACCCUACUCAAAACCGUGUCAGAUCACUGGUUAUCAAAACAUCAAAAAACAGAACUUCUCCCACUUUUGGAAACAUUGCUGCUCUCAAAUUUGUGCUUCAAAACAAUGGUGGUCCUCUUAUCGGGUUCCAUGGACGAGCUUAUGGUGCUUUAGAUGCCAUUGGAGCAUAUUUUUCUCCUCCAGGACCUGUCACUGAAAAACUACAAGCAAAAGGUGGCGCAGGAGGAGAUCCAUGGGACGAUGGUUUUUUCAACGGUGUGAGGGAGGUAUAUGUAGGACAAGGCGGAAACGGUGUCGUAGCCGUCAAAUUUGUUUACGCAAAGGACUCUCAUGUGUCUGAAGGGGAUGAGCAUGGAAUACCGUCACUGCUUACAUACGAGAAGUUCAAGCUAGACUAUCCGAGUGAAUACAUCACAUCAGUGGAAGGUUGUUUUGACAAAAUACUUGGAAGUGAAAACGGAGUUAUAACCAUGCUUAAGUUCAAAACCAACAAACAAACCUCUCCACCGUAUGGAAUGGAAACGGCGUCCAGCUUCGUUCUUGGGAAGGAUGGUUACAAGAUUGUAGGGUUCCAUGGAAAAAGUAGUAACGAGCUUCACCAGCUUGGGGUCCAUGUCGUGCCAAUCACCCA